AUGGGGGCCCUAUUCUUACUAAUAAUUGCUGCCAUACUUCUAAGCUUUGGAGAAGGUUCUGGCAGCGAUUCUAGUGGCACUAACCCAGAUCAAGUUCUCUUUCAUGGAAUCAUUCCUGUUUUAGUUGCUUCUUUGCUCUCUUGUCUGGCUUCUUCUCUCUAUCAGUGGGCUUCUCAGGUUAGACUCCUUUACAUUCCUCCAUUUUCUUCUAUCCUUUCUAUAAUGUUUCCUUUUGGUGCAGGUGAAGAAACACAACUCAUGCUUAAUGACUGUGGAAAUGUCUAUAGUUGGAAGCCUGUCAGUGGGCUUCUUCUCUCUGUGAAGAAACAUAGCUCAUGCUUCAUGAAUGUGGAAAUGUCUAUAGUUGGAAGCCUGUGCUUAUUGGCAAGUAUGUCUAAGUCUCCAGAUGGAGAAGCCAUCAGACAGCAUGGGUUUUUUCAUGGUUGGACUGCAUUGACUGUGGUUCAAGUGGAAUGCUCAGAUGCAUGAUUCGGCCACUUAACCUGCUUUUUUCCCACACCCUCCGUGAAGGUAACUCUGUCACGGAUGCUCUAGCAAAGUUAGGCAGCGAUAAACAGGCUGAAUCCCUUUAUCGCUCCAGAGCCAAUCUCCCGAGACACAUUAGAGGCUCCCUUGUGCUAGAUUGCACUGGUAUGGGCUUUUAUCAGGAGCUCCAGCGCAAGGCAGGGAGUGGGUUGAGAGAUUCGAUCUCAGUGAGUGGGUUGGGAGCUUGGACUGCUUCGCAGCUAGGUUCAACCUCUCAUCCUACAUGGUCCCCCGUCUCCCUCUUCUCAUCCUCGAGAAGUGCCCAUUUUGUCUAUCCAAUUUUCUCUUCUUUUUUUUUUUUUCUUUUUUCUUUUUUUCCUUUUCCUGCUGCCUAUCUUGGCUAUACGAUAGGUGAGGCCCGAUGUAUCUGUGGAGCCCUCCUGAAUGUCCAGUCUUUGUAUAUCUGUUUUUGCUAAUUAACAAAGAUACAGGGGAAAAAGCCCUUUUUUUUCCAAAAAAAAAGGUGGAAUGCUCAGAUCUUGACACUUUGUCUGAGAUAGAUUGACCUCACAUUCAAUGCUUAAGAAAGGUAUUGGUCUGUUCAUUUCAAAACGUUUACAUGAGAUACAAAAUACAGAAGUGAUUUGUAUAUGUGGGUUCUAGUUGCAUGCAGUGGGCAGUUGUAUAAAUACUGGUUGGUUAUUCCUAUUCGUCAGAUUAAUGGCCUUAAAAUGGGCAGUUAAAUAAAAUGGCAUUGGAUCACAUUCAGUGAGAAAAUGUUAGGCAGCUAGGAUUGUACUAUCGGUUUGAUUUUUUUUCAACCAUCAGUUGCCAUUUUGUCCCAUGAGAUUGACAAGUUUGCCCACUGUUGGAACCUUCCUAAGGUCUGACAUGAAGUAUAUUUUGAUCAUAUUAUGCAGAUAGUUGUAUCUUUACAAUUAUGAUGAUGCAGUUCUUUCUGCUUUUGGGAUGAUUCUUUUCUCUCUCUCUUCUUUUUUUUUUUUAAGAAAAAUCUUUUGCUUGAGCUGAAAACAAGGUCUAAAAACAUGGGGUCAUGAACAGAUAAAGAUGCCCUUCCUUCUUUUUU